UAUGUGGGAUAUUAUGUUGUGUGGACAGGGUAAAAGGAUUUCUAUUUGGUCUGGAGGUUAUUAUCGAGAAUAAGUUUUCAUUUUCUUGUUGAUGUAGUUGCUGGGUUACUUCAAAAGCAGGAAAAGAAAAAAAAAAAGAAGAAAAAACCUGGAGUCAGUAGAAGUCUCUUUUUACAAAUUUGAAGCUAUUUUAGUUGUUUGAAACACUAUAAUGUUGAGGAAACCUAGAUGGGCUCUUCUUAAUUUCUUUUCUAUAGGAGAACUCAUUGGUGGGUUUUAAGGCUUUAAGCCAAUUCCUGUACUUGUAUGUAUCAAUAGAGUUGAGAAAAAUGUCUCUGGAGUUCUGGGCUUCUUCUGAACUACCAUUUUCAAAGAACAGUUUUUCCUAGAGCUUAAUUGUACAUAUUGGUCAAUAGUGAGAAAAGAGGAAUCAAGACUUUCUUUGCACAGGCCUUAGUUUUAAUAGCUCCCCAUAAUGGUUUCAAGGUCUUAUUCCAACCUUCUGGACCUUGCCUCUGGUGAUUCCCCAAAAUUCAGUAGAGUAAGGAGCAGACUCCCCAGAGUUAUGACUGUGCCUGGUAUCAUUUCUGAACUGAAUGAUGAGAACAGCAACAGUGUUGGCUCUGAUGCGGCUUCUUCUAUCUCUCAGGAGCGAAUUAUCAUUGUAGGAAACCAGCUCCCAAUUCUGGCACACCGAAGUUCUGAUAGUGAUGGAGGAUGGUACUUCAGUUGGGAUGAGGAUUCCCUUCUCCUGCAACUCAAGGAUGGCCUUGGAGAAGAUGUUGAAGUCAUCUAUAUUGGUUGCCUGAAAGAAGAGAUUGAUCCAAGUGAGCAGGAUGAGGUGUCACAGACAUUACUUGAGACCUUUAAGUGUGUCCCUGCAUUCAUUCCUCCAGAACUCUUCAGUAAAUUCUACCACAGGUUCUGUAAACAGCAACUAUGGCCUCUCUUUCAUUACAUGCUUCCUCUCUCUCCUGAUCUUGGUGGGCGAUUUGAUCGGUCCCUUUGGCAAGCUUAUGUCAAGGUCAACAAAAUAUUUGCAGACAAGGUAAUGGAAGUCAUAAGCCCUGAUGAUGAUUUUGUGUGGGUUCAUGACUACCAUUUAAUGGUGUUACCAACAUUUCUUAGGAAGAGGUUUAAUAUGGUGAAGCUGGGGUUCUUCCUCCAUGGCCCCUUCCCAUCAUCUGAGAUAUACCGCACACUACCUGUUCGAGAUGAGCUCCUCCGUGCACUCCUAAAUGCUGAUCUUAUCGGCUUCCAUACUUUUGAUUAUGCUAGGCACUUCCUAUCAUGCUGUAGUAGAAUGCUAGGACUUGCUUAUCAGUCUACAAGGGGUUAUAUAGGACUUGAGUAUUAUGGGCGAACCAUCAGCAUUAAAAUUCUUCCUGUUGGGAUUCAUCAAGGCCAGCUUAGAUCUGUGAUGAAUCUUCCUGAGACUGAGUCUCGGGUUGCAGUGCUACAAGAUCAGUUUAGGGGUCAAAUGGUUUUACUUGGAGUGGAUGAUAUGGACAUCUUCAAAGGCAUAAGCUUGAAACUGUUGGCCAUGGAGCAGUUGCUGGUACAACAUCCUGAUAGGAGGGGGAAGGUUGUGUUGGUUCAAAUUGCAAACCCAGCUAGAGGUAGAGGGAGAGAAGUACAGGAAGUCCAAUCUGAAACUUAUUCCACAGCAAAAAGGAUUAAUGAAAGAUUUGGGAGGCCAGGCUACAAUCCUGUUGUUUUAAUUGAUACCCCACUUCAGUUCUAUGAGAGAAUUGCGUAUUACGUGAUUGCUGAGUGUUGUCUCAUUACAGCAGUGAGAGAUGGAAUGAAUUUGAUACCUUAUGAAUACAUUAUAUGCAGGCAAGGAAAUAAGAAACUAGAUCACACCUUGCAACUGGAUCCAUCAGCUCCAAAGAAGAGUAUGAUAGUGUUAUCUGAGUUCAUUGGGUGCUCCCCAUCGCUUAGUGGAGCCAUCCGUGUCAACCCUUGGAAUAUUGAUGCUGUGGCUGAAGCUAUGGAUUCUGCCUUAGUAGUUGCAGAAUCUGAGAAACAAUUACGGCAUGAAAAGCACUACAGAUAUGUGAGCACGCAUGAUGUUGGGUACUGGGCACAGAGUUUUCUACAAGAUCUCCAAAGGACAUGUAAGGACCAUGAGAUGAGGAGAUGCUGGGGUAUUGGUUUUGGUUUAAAUUUUAGGGUAAUAGCACUUGAUCACAAUUUCAGGAAGCUUUUGGUUGAGCAUAUAGUUUCUGCCUACAAGAGAACCAACAACAGGGCAAUUCUAUUAGAUUAUGAUGGUGCAUUGAUGCCAAAGACAUCCAUCAACACUACACCUGGUCCAGAGGUUAUUAACAUCUUGAGCAGCCUGUGCCGAGACCCAAAGAAUGUUGUCUUCCUUGUUAGUGGCAGGGACAAGAAGACUCUGACAGAGUGGUUUUCUUCUUGCAAAAAACUUGGUAUCGCAGCAGAGCAUGGUUAUUUCAUGAGGAUGAAUCAAGAUGAUCAAUGGGAAACAUGCGUGCCUGUGGUGGAUUUUGAUUGGAAACAGAUUGCAGAGCCUGUGAUGCAGCUGUACACUGAUGCAACUGAUGGUUCAGCCAUAGAGACCAAAGAGAGUGCACUUGUUUGGCAUUACCAAUAUGCUGAUCCAGAUUUUGGGUCAUGUCAAGCUAAAGAACUUCUUGAUCACCUUGAAAGUGUUCUUGCCAAUGAGCCAGUCUCUGUGAAGAGUGGACAGCAUAUUGUUGAAGUUAAGCCUCAGGGUGUCAGCAAAGGUCUUGUGGCUGAUAAUCUCUUAGCAACAAUGCGAGAAAAGGGAAUGCUUCCAGAUCUUGUGUUGUGCAUAGGUGAUGAUAGGUCAGAUGAAGACAUGUUUGAGGUCAUUGCUAGUGCAAUGGCAGGCCCAGCUCUCUCACCAGUAGCUGAAGUAUUUGCUUGCACUGUUGGUCAGAAGCCUAGUAAAGCUAAGUAUUACUUGGAAGACACGACCGAGAUCGUCAGAAUGUUACAUGGACUUGCAACAGCUUCAGACCAGGCAGAGAGGAAUGCUGCUUAAGCUUCCCCAUGAGUCAUUAUUGAUUGAAAGCAUGUAAGCUGCUUCCCUUCAUCCUUAUUGAGAGAUUAUAUAGGUCACCCUACCUAUUUCAGCAAUUCUUAUGAAGCCAUAUCUGAUGUUAUCUGGGGUUGAAUCCCUUCAGUUGGAUGGAUGUUUGAGUCAUUAUUGUAAGGGAAUCAGAUGGUUCCCUACUAACCUAUCACUGAAGGGAAUUUUAUCUCCAUCUAUAUUAUUUGUAUACAAAAUGCACUGCCUUAGUACUUCA